UCCGGGCCACAUCCUGACCUCAGCAGUAUGGCCAGAGCUGCUCGGUCCCGGACGGGCUUUUACCGGCAGGAGGUGAACAGAACCGCGUGGGAGGUGCCGGAGAGGUACCGGGACUUAAAGCAGGUCGGGACCGGAGCCUACGGAACCGUGUGCUCGGCUUGGGACCGGCGCUCAGGGACGCAGGUGGCCAUCAAGAAGCUCCACCGGCCCUUCCAGUCCAAACUUUUUGCCAAGAGAGCCUACAGAGAGCUGAGACUCCUCAAACACAUGAAGCAUGAAAAUGUGAUUGGGUUGCUGGAUGUUUUCACAGCGGAGAUCUCUUUGGAUCGGUUUCGAGACUUCUACCUGGUGAUGCCGUUCAUGGGCACCGACCUCGGCAAGCUGAUGAAGAUGGAGAGGCUGUCGGAGGAUCGGGUCCAGUUCCUGGUGUAUCAGAUGCUGAGAGGCCUUAAGUAUAUCCACUCUGCAGGGAUCAUCCACAGGGACCUCAAACCUGGAAAUUUGGCCAUAAACCCUGAUUGUGAGCUAAAGAUCCUGGACUUCGGCUUGGCCCGGCAGGCCGACGCAGAGAUGACCGGCUACGUUGUGACGCGCUGGUACAGAGCGCCGGAGGUCAUCCUUAACUGGAUGCACUACACCCAGACUGUGGAUAUUUGGUCAGCGGGUUGCAUCAUGGCAGAGAUGUUGCUGGGGAAACCUUUGUUCAAGGGAAACGACCACCUGGACCAGUUAAGAGAAAUCAUGAAGAUUACAGGAACUCCGACUCCCGACUUUGUUCUCAAGCUACAGAGUCAAGAUGCCAGAAACUACAUCCGGAGUUUACCGAAAGUGCCAAAGAAAGAUUUGCACUCCAUUUUCUCCAAAGCCAGCUCAAAUGCGGUGAGCGUCCUGGAAAAGAUGCUCCUUCUGGACCCUGACAGCAGGGCCAGCGCGGCGGAGGCCCUGGAGCUGCCGCUCUUCAGUGAGUUCAGGGACGUGGAGGAGGAGAGCGAGGCGCUGCCGUACGACCAGACCACGGACAACGCGGACCUGCCGCUGGAGCAGUGGAAACGUCAAACGUUCACAGAGAUCCUGACCUUCCGGCCGCCGAGGGACUCAAAGGAAACGUCACUUUAAGAGCUCACACACCUGCAG